AAGCAAACAUAAGGUACAUCUGUGAGUCAAAUUUUCUCUUAUAACUUUUCAGUCAUAAGCACACUUCUAGAAUAGUGUAUGAGUUUAAGUACAGUAGACUUAGAAGGGUUAUAAACGGAAUGUUUUUGUUUCCUUGAAUAUGAUUCAAGUUGAAAUUAAGAAAUUGCAGUGUGGAUUAAAACUUAAUAGAAGAAGCAGAUUGUUCAAGAUUUAGAAACAUGUAACUUAUACGGCCUAAAUAAAGAGCCAGAAAAAUUAUUUGUCAAUCAAUAGACGUACACCUUAAUUUCUGUAUUAUUGGUGUUCCGUUUAUUUCGAGAGAAUAAACCGUUUAUCAAUUCAAAUUGGAAAAACUAAUCUUAUAAUGGAAUCGGAAACUAUUUUGUCCACUGACAAUAGAAAUGAUUUGAAGUUUGUUCAAGCCAUCGAAGAGCUAAUGGGAAGUCUACCUGAAAAAGUUGCUUGUAGAAUUUCAAACUUUAGCAAGGAUAGUUCUGAAGUUGAUAACUUGAAUUUGUCCAAAAACGAAAUAAAAUUAUGUUCUGAAAAUAGAAAACUAGUUCAGUGUGGAGAUAAUGGUUCAAUAUCUGAAUUGGUCGGAAAAUUUAGGUCAUCAAGGGCUGAGGAAAAUUUAAAAGAGAAUUCACAUGAUGUAUACAACACAAGCAAAGUAACUGGAGAGUAUAUAAUGAAUGAUCAAAUAGGCCUACCAGUGAAACCUCUCAUAAGUGACACCUAUUAUCUGUUAUCUAAUGUGACUCCACCACAUCAAUCGAAAGAUUUCAGCUUAAAACCAAUUACCAAGGAUGGAAGCAGUUUGGGAGAAAUGUAUUGAUUGCCGAUGCUUUGGUUGAAGUGGAAGGUGGAUUUGGAGCUUUUCACAGAAUCCUGCAGCAGGAUGGGGAAAAUUCCAAUAAAUUUGACGAACAAAACGUCAAAGCAAUGCAUUCACGGCAAGUUAAAUUUGCAACUUCUCCCAAUAAUAGACAUGUGGGGAGUGGUGACUUCUCUGUUCUACCUCUCGGAACAUCGGUUGGAAGUCAAGAACUUGAUACUGGGGAAUUGGGAGGCGCCAGAAUGAACACAUUCAAUGUCUUAACGGAAGAACAAGCACAGUAUUCCACGAUGAACUUCUCUAAGAACGAGAAGCCAUUGAAAACACAUUGGGCAUUGACUAGAAUUGCUUACUACGAGGACGCUUACACCUAUGAAGUGAUGAGACCUUUUAAAAAAGCCCCGAAAAAAGUGCCCAAGGAGGCAGAUAAAGUAUUUAUUGUAAUCAAAGGGAAAGAAAAAUAGAUUGGAUUUCAAAUACAAUACAUUGUCCAGAAAUGGAUUGAAUAAGAUUAUUCUAUAAAUACCAAAUAUGUGAUUGAAUAAAACUUAUUUGCA